UCUCUCAGAAAUCAUUGCAAGCUACAACGAUGAAGUUCUUUGCUCUGUGCGCUUUUCUGCUCCUCGCUCUUGUCGCCGUUCAGGCAGCACCUGGCCGUGGUGGCGGCUUUGGACAAGGUGGACGUGGAGGCGGUGGUGGUGGCAGUGCCAGCGCUACUGCAAAUGCCAAUGCUGAGGCUCUUGGUUCAGGACAUGGACCAUCUUCUGCCGUCGCUAAUGCGAAUGCCAACGCUUCUGCCGGAGGUGGUGGACGCGGUCGCCACUAUUGAUCUGGAUCUGAAGCUAACUCAAAACGAGAAAA